AUGAACCGACGGUACGGCUCGUCAUCAACCUCUGUUGAUGCUGCAAGAACGGUUGCAAAUCACUACAGCGCCAGGAGAAACCAAACUUUUGAAGAACGAGAAGUGAGCCCGAUCGUUCAUUUGAGAAAACUUAACAACUGGAUCAAGAGCGUCUUAAUUCAGCUCUACGCUCACCGUGGGGAUGUUGUUCUUGAUCUAGGAUGUGGCAAGGGGGGUGAUCUCUACAAAUGGGACAAGGCCGGAAUCACGUACUACGUUGGCAUUGAUAUUGCUCAAGGUUCUAUUCAAGAUUGCCAUGCCCGAUACACCAAUGCACGGUUCCGGUUCCCUGCACGGCUUAUAUGUGGAGACAUUGCAGAAAUGCGACUCGAUCAAGCCCUAGCAGAUGAGCUACCCUUCGAUAUUUGCAGUUGCCAGUUCGCAUUGCACUAUUCAUGGACCACGGAAGCGCGUGCGAGAAGAGCCAUAGCUAAUAUUUCGGCAACACUUCGCCCGGGGGGAACUUGCAUUGGAACUAUACCAGACGCUAAUGUGAUAAUCAGAAAGCUGAGAGAGACUCGAGGAUUGUGCUUCGGAAAUAGUGUUUAUUCUGUGAGAUUUGAUGAAGAAUUUUCUGAAAAGAAAUUCAAGUCGUCAAGCCCCUUUGGUAUCCAGUACAUGUUUCACCUAGAAGGCGUUGUGGACUGCCCUGAAAGCCUCGUUCCAUUCGAUGUAUUCGAGUCAUUGGUAAAAGAGUAUGACAUGGAGUUAGUUUUUGUGAAGAACUUUCAUGAGUUUGUGCACCAUUAUAUGAAGCUACCGAAGUAUAAGGAGAUGAGGACUAUAGGUGUAUUAGGUGGUCAGAGUACAAUUUCAGAAGAUGAGUGGGAAGUAGCAUACUUGUACUUGUCCUUUGUCGUGAGGAAGCGAGGCCAAUGUUAA